ACCCGUCAGCGCAUCCCCCCGUCAAGAUGCGUACCUACGACGACUCCUUCAGCGGCCAGAAGAUCUACCCCGGCAAGGGUAAGCUGUACGUCCGUGGCGACAGCAAGAUCUUCCGCUUCCAGAAUGGAAAGUCUGAGUCUCUCUUCCUCCAGCGCAAGAACCCUCGCCGGAUAGCUUGGACUGUUCUGUACCGUCGCCAGCACCGCAAGGGUAUCUCUGAGGAAGUCGCCAAGAAGCGUUCCCGCCGUGUCGUGAAGCACCAGCGUGCCAUCGUCGGUGCCUCGCUCGACGUGAUCAAGGAGCGCCGCAACAUCCGCCCCGAAGCCCGUGAGGCCGCCCGCAAGCAGGCCAUCAAGGACGCCAAGGAGAAGAAGGCCGAGUCCGAGAGCCGCAAGAAGGCCGAGAAGGCCAAGAACGCUGCCUCCAAGGGUGGCGCCCAGCGCAUCCAGAGCAAGCAGGGUGCUAAGGGCUCUGCCCCCAAGGCCGCCGCCAAGUCCCGCUAA